AUGAUUGUGUCUCAAAUGGCGUCCAGUAGCUCAUCUACAACUGCGACCCCGUCGGGAUCGCCUAUCAGUGAUGAACACACUCUCAAUGGGCACACGUGGGAUCUCCCUCUGCGACCGGCACCGCCACCUCCGCAGUAUCGCCAACUCGAGCUGAAUCGGCGCCAAAUCCGGACACUCCAUCUGCUUCCGGGAGACAGCCAAGACCCUAUCCGCUGCACGUUGGAAACCGCAUUUCUUGCAGAUGACCCGUCCUACCAGACUCUGUCAUAUGCGUGGGGCGACCCUCUCGAUUGUCGGUCCAUCACUGUAGCUGGGAGGACAACCCCCGUUACUGUCAACCUCUUCAAUGCCCUCCGGAGGCUAUGGCUACCUGAUGAUGAGCAACGCCUUUGGGUCGAUGCCCUGUGCAUCAAUCAGGCUGACGACGUCGAGAAAUCACACCAGGUCAACCUGAUGAGGGACAUCUACUCUCGUACAACACAAACUGUUCUCUGGUUGGGCGACUUUGCCGAGGACUCUGAUUCUUCCCAAUUGGCGUCCAAAAAGCCAAGAACCAACGAGAACUUCAUUCCCGAGCAAACAGUCAUGGGGGCUUUCACAUUUCUCGAAGUCUUGGCUGCCGAUCACCACUACGACAUCAAGUAUGAAGAGCCGGGCCAGGACCUCAUAGGGCAAGGAGUCGCCGCAAUACUGUCCCUCAUCAAGCUGUCUUGGUGGCAUCGUGUGUGGACGGUUCAGGAGGCGGUCCUACCACCCAAAGCCACGUUGAUGUGUGGCACCCUGGAGCCUCCGUUCUCUAUGCUUGCGCAGGUAUGA